CAAAGCCUCACACUCAGCUUGGGAACAAAAUAGUAGAAACCAAUGUGUUGAAUUAAGAAGAUUAAGUGUUGGCCAUGGCAGUGUCUGUAUUUCAUCUCCAGCACACCCCUGAUCUCCGGUGUGAGAGCCCAGUGCCAAUGGUGACCCUUUGCCAGACCUGUGAAACUUGUACUUUGGCUGCCAAAGUUGCUCUCACAAAAGAAUGGUUUUUACGCGCUGGGGAAUCAUCACAGAGGAAGUUCUUAUUUGGAAUUAUCAGAAGAUUAGUUACUAUCGACUUGUUGGUCUACACCGAGGACCUCCUGCAGCCCACCCUAGGCAAGGACUUCAUCUACAGUAGGUCUAGGAUAAACCCCAGCCUGGCACAGGACCAUGGCAUUGCCAGCUCGGACAGGGCGCUCAGCAGACACCUGUUGCUGAAGUUUAUGAGCGACACUUGGGAAUGGUUUAAAAAGGGCUCAUACUGGACCAAGGCUAAUUACACCCUGCUGCUGCUAAACAUGUGCAGCCAACAUCUUCUACACAACGUCGCCAAUCUGAUUCGUGUUCUGAUUAUUCAAGGGAUGCGAUUGAGUUCCAGCAAAGGACGAGCCCCAUUAGGAUGGAUCCGCGCUGGAGGUCUUCAAGAUGGAACUCAGGGAAGUAGACAACCCACGUGACGCGCAGACGAUCCGGCCCUCAUGGUGGUUCCUACAUCGUUUAAGUCAACAUCAGGUGUGAGCAGGUACAAAGACUUCAUCCGCUGCCUGCCGGUCCAUCUGUCCAAAAGAUUCUUGGGAUUUCUAGAUAAGAAAUCUCUCGUUGGUUGCUCUUUUGUGUCACAACACUGGCGCUAUCUGGUGAACGAUCUCCAGCAGGACUUAGACGCAGAACGGCUAGUCCAGAACGAAGCCAUGAUUCUUCAGGGGACAUCAUACAAAGGAGUCAGCAUUUCAUAUGCUAAAAUUCAACAAGUUCCAGUCCCCAAAAUUGGAGAAGAAGGAACUGCAUUACCUUCCCGCGAGAAAAAGUUCUACCAAGAUUCAAAGCCGGGGGAGAACAUAGAAGCAGCGUAUGUUGAUAUUGAAACAGACAGUCUGUACUUAGAAGAAAGAAAUCUCUUUUGUGGAUCGUACAAUGUUCUCAUCCUUACAGGAUUGGGGGACCCACAUCGUGUGAUACAUUUUGAUGGAGGGCGUUUAGUCGCCGUUGGUUCCAUUGAUCGCAAAGUGAAGUUACUUGACAUGGUUGAGAUGAAGCAAGUGCCGCCUCUUAUCCACGGUCAUGCGGGGAGCAUCCGAGCGGUACAUUUGUGCGAGGACAAAGGCAUUGUGUUCAGUGGGAGCUUUGACCUCAGUGUCAGACAGUGGGACCUGCAGACAGGAACUUGUUUAAGAAUAUUUCACGGACACAUGAAGACAAUUACCAGUCUGGAUGUGCAUGAAAACGUGUUGCUUUCAGGAUCCAGAGAUGCUCUUGUAAAAGUGUGGAAUAUAAAUACUGGAAGAUGCUUUAGAACAUUUAAACAUAAAAAUGCUGUUCUUUCUGUUAAAUUAAAGAACGGAUACGCUGUCAGCGGCUGUGAAAAGGGGUUGGUUAAAGUAUGGCAUGUGGAUUCUGCAACAUUAAUCAAGACAUUAACAGGUCACAGCGGCCCCAUAAAAUGUCUUUCUUUUGACCAAUGGCACUUGUUGUCAGGAAGCGCUGAUGGGUACGCCAUGGCCUGGAGCAUGAUGGGAACAUUUCAGAAGCACCUAAUGACUUUCAGGCAUCCAAAGGAAGUGACGUGUCUGGAGUUCCUUUAUCUCAGAGUCAUCACAGGUUGUGCAGAUGGCAAAAUCCGCGUUUUUAACUUUCUAAACGGUGACUGCCUCCGAGUGAUGCGGGCGAAUAGUAAGGCAGACCCUGUGCUGUCACUGUGUAUUCGAGGAAACAGAAUGGUGAUUAAUAUCCCAACAAGUGUAAUGAUUUUCCAGUUUGAGGACAUUUCAUGGGAUUAUUCUCAGGAAUCUGAGCGUGUUGAAGUUCUGAAAGAGAGAGACAAGUAUAAGUCUGCACCUAUCAGGGCUCAGCCCUACACAUAUGUGCGAGCGCAGAGGAUGAAACGCGUGGGGUCCAGCAACAGAAAGAUAUACCAGCAGGAAGAGGAAGACUAUGGCCAGAGCCAGCUAUCCCAUCAUGCUCGGAGUCUGUCCGCCAGGAGUAUGAAGGCAGCUCAAGAUCAGUAUCUGGAAUCCUUAAAGCCAGCAGCUUGGCCUGAUUUAAGGAAUUUCCGCAGAAGCUUUGCAUACAUUGAUCUGCAACCUGAGUUCUUCAAGAAGCCGCCAUCAGCCAGUAGACCUCGAUCAGCAUUAAAAAGCUCUCGGGCACAGAGCAGGGCAAGCUCAGCGCCAGAGCUAAAGACCAAAGAUGAUUCUGAUGCCGAAUCAGGAUAUUCCUCUCCAGGCCCAAAAUCUUCUGUAUUCAGAAGUGAGAAAGCAACCCUGAAUCGCAUUCGAAAACGUGGACCUCAUUCUUCAAUGAGCCAAGAUCAAAUGCUUCUCAAAGUCAGCACCAUACAGAAUUCCCAAAAAUCAGAUGCUCUGAGCUCAAAUCUUGAGAAUAAUGCAAAGGUCCGGGACACCUGGGGACCUCCACUGUCACAUCAAAAACAUAAGAGGAAGGUUAUAAGUUCCGACUCAAAGGAAGAUCCAGAGUGUCUAAAGCUUCUAGAAAAGUUAAGAUCUUUUGAUAGUCCUUCAGAGAUGAGGAUCCUUACAACGCCAUUUGAAAUUAGGACACUGGGCCUGAAGCAGAAAGAAUCACUACACAGACCCGAUAUUCAGUCUUCUAUACCUUCUCCAACCAUUAUACGUCCUCAAACCAGCUGGACUUAUGGACAACCGAAAAUAAGUGAUGUGCCCAGGAGGACUACAUCAGCUCCUUCUCUAGAAGGAAAUGUUAAGAGAAUAGGGAAAUUCACAACUAGUGAGGAGUUGAAACCUUUUCGGAUGGUAAUAGGACAAAGGAAUAAUCUGCCUUGUCAAAAAAGAAGACACUCUAAUGAAGCUGUAGCUACAAACCCUUACAGAGAGGGGUGUGGCUUCCAGCUUCUUACCGUCAAGCAGUUGAAAGAGUUUGAAGCUGAUAAGAUGGCAGAAUAUACGAGCGCACAGGAACACGAUCAGAUCAGCAAGAACAGACUGAGCAAGAAAGCUUGGCUAAUGAAAAUAAAAGGGGAAAAUAUUGCCAAUUUCAUGAAGGAAGGAAAAAUAGCUGCACCUGAGCUUGGAACAGAUGUGUUUAUAUGAACGCAUCUUUGAGUUUGCACAUGGUUGUAACAUUAUAAACAGUGGUAAAUUUUAGAUCGUACUUUGGCAAAAUAAAUAAAAAUAAAGAACACAAAGUUA